GGCACCGGUCACCGCAGCCACAACUAACCAACUCUCUGUUCCUUGUGCAGGGGCCACCAAAGUGAAAGUUGACCGAGUUUCUGCUCCCUCUGCGCGGGCGGGCGGGCGACCUGGUCCGGGGCUGAUUGCUACAUCCACCUGGGACAGUGUGGGUGGAGGCUGGGCAGAGGCAGAGGCAGAGGCAGGAGGGCGGGCGUGGCCGGCCGGCGGUGCGGCAAAGUUUCCGGGCAAAAGGCGCAAAAGCCUCCCCUGCAGAUGGAAGAGGGAGCCGGCAAACGCUGACUGCAGCCCGGCCAUGGCUCUGACCAAAGGCUUUCGCGUGUUGGCGAAGCGGGAGGCGGGUUUGUGCAGCGUCUUGCUGGGAUCCAGGAGCCGCCAGGACUGCCUGCUGCUGAGGGCUGGCGCCGUGGCCGUGCUGUCAUCUGAAGAGGACAUUGUAAAAGAGCGUUAUGAAAAAAUAAUGGAUGCCUAUGGCUGUUUGGGUGUCCUUCGAAUUAAGAAUGGCAACUCAAGACUCUGCUUUCUGGUCAUGGUAACGGCAUGUACAUCAGUUGGGAGAAUCCGUGACACCGACAUUUGUAAGAUUACCGCCACGGAUUUUGUUCCUCUUCAAGACGAGACAGCGGAGGAAGAGCAAAUAGUUUCUUUGAGGAAAUUGCUAAACUCUGGCAUGUUUUAUUUUUCAUCCACUACUGGUUCGACCUUUGAUCUGGAUCUGUGUGCACAGAAGCAAUUUGAAAAAGAUCAAGAAGCAGGAAAUCGCUUUUUCUGGAAUCGAAGUUUACACCUACAUCUCAAGCAGUACCAGGUGAACUGCUCCGACUGGCUGCUCAAGGUGAUCUGUGGUGUGGUGGAGAUCCGCACGGCCUAUGCUACGGAAAAGAAGGCCAAGGCUUGCCUGAUAUCACGGCUCAGCUGUGAGCGAACUGGGACCAGGUUUUGCGUUCAAGGAACCGACGACGAUGGGCAUGUGUCUAACUUCGUAGAGACAGAACAGGUAAUAUACUUGGACGAUGCAGUGUCUUCCUUUGUUCAGAUACGAGGGUCAGUACCGUUAUUUUGGGAGCAAACCGGAGCACAGGUCGGGUCUCACCACAUGCGUUUAACUCGAGGUCUUGAAGCAAAUGCUCCCGCUUUUGACAGGCAUUUGAUGCUGCUGCGAGAACACUAUGGAAAUCAAGUCAUCGUCAACUUGUUAAGAAUUAAAGGAGGAGAGGAAGUCCUUAGCAGGGCUUAUAAGAAGCUGAUGUGGGCCUCUCUUCAUGCGUCCGGCACACCGAUGAUAAACUUUGACUACUAUCACUGUGCAAAGAGUGGCAAGGCCGAGAAACUGCAUUCUCUUCUAAAACCUCAGCUACAGGAGCACAUGGAGCAGUUUGGCUUCUUCACCAGUGGAGAGCGGGUCCAUUUACGUUUACAGACUGGAGUCUUCAGAACAAAUUGCCUUAACUGCCUGGAUCGAACAAACAGCGUCCAGUCCUAUGUGGCUUUGGAGGUUUUGUACCACCAGCUGGAGAGUUUGGGAAUGGCCGGCAAGAAGUCGGUGGUACAACGCUUUGUGGAAUUCUACAGGACAAUGUGGUCAGUGACUGGCCACAAUUUCAGUAAGAUGUUCACUGGCACUCGAGCACGAGAAGGAAAAACAAAGGUAAAGGAUGGGGCACGUUCUGUGUCCAGGACAAUCCAGGCUAAUUUAUUUGAUGCAGCUAAGCAGGAAGCGAUCGAUUUGCUUCUCAUGGGGGACUUCAACAGUGAGGAUUAUGCAGACAAGGCCCGGAUUUUGAUGGAGAGCAGUGCGCUUGUCACACCUCCUGCCAUUUUGCAAGCGAUGUGUGAACGCCACAUGGAAUACACCAACUUACAACGAGCGCGCAUCAGCGUGGGGUCCUGGAACGUAAAUGGUGGCAAGCAGUUCAGGAGCAACAUGCUCAGCACGGCGGAUCUCAGUAGCUGGUUACUCGAUGGCAUCCAAGAAGCAAAGUUCCAAGACAAUGUGAACUACCCACCAGAUAUCUUUGCGGUUGGCUUUCAGGAAAUGGUGGAGCUCAAUGCUGGAAACAUUGUGAGUGCUAGCACAACGAACAAGAAAAUGUGGUCAGAACAGCUUCAGAAAGCAAUCUCCAGAACACACAAGUACAUCAUGCUGUCUUCGGGACAACUUGUGGGUGUCUGUCUAUUUAUUUUUGUACGACUCCAUCAUGUGCCCUAUAUUAGAGAAAUUGCUGUGGAUAGGGUGAAGACUGGGAUGGGAGGAAAAACUGGAAAUAAAGGAGCAGUAGCUAUCCGUCUACAGUUCCACAGCACCAGACUCUGCUUUGUAUGUGCUCACCUGACGGCAGGACAAUCACAAGUAAAAGAAAGGAAUGAAGAUUAUCGAGAAAUCACGCAGAAACUCAGCUUCCCAAUGGGGAGGAAUGUUUUUUCGCAUGAUUACGUAUUCUGGUGUGGGGAUUCCAACUUCCGCAUUGAUCUUCCAUACGAUGAAGUCAUGCAGCAUGUUAAGAGAAGGGAUUGGAAACUUCUUCAGGCUCAUGACCAGUUGCAACAACAGAUGGUGGACAGCAAGGUUUUUAAAGACUUUUUUGAAGGCCCCGUCAACUUUGCCCCGACGUACAAAUAUGACGUGGGAACGGAUGUUUAUGACACCAGUGACAAAGGACGAACCCCUGCCUGGACUGAUAGGGUGCUGUGGUGGAGGAAACAUAAAACACCCUUUGAUGUGCCAGAUAUAAAUUUAAGAGGAUUGGAUAGUGAAUCAGAAAGAAUGUUCAGGAGCGUGGGGACUGGAGGUGACCUGCUUCAUUAUGGGAGGGCCGAACUGACUGCAUCCGAUCACAGGCCUGUGUUAGGUGUCUUUGAGGUGAAAAUUCAGGAGGUGGAUAUUCUUGCACGUGAACAAAUAUUCCAAGAAAUUACAUCUUCACAGGGUCCGUCAGACGCAACCGUAGUGGUGUCUGUAAAGGCACCAACCAGUGACUCAAGGGACGAAUUUCCAGAUGACCUAAGCAGUGAAAUCAUUUGUUGCUUUCAGAAUUAUGGCAUUAUUUUAUUGGUCAGGUUUGAUCGUGGACAAAUGCUGGUGACUUUUCAGGACAGUCGCACGGCUUUGAAAGUGUUGGAGCUGGAUGGAAAACAGGUUAAUGGCAGAGUGGUGAGUGUAAGACCUCGGACCAGGAACUGGUUGAACGAACUUCAUGAUGAAAUUAACAUAAACAGGAACAGUAUUGCCCCAAUGUCUCCAACAGCAAAUUCUUGCCUGCUUGAAGAAAGUUUUGAUUUCAGCAGCCUGGAUUAUGACACUGAAGGAGAUAUAGAUGAAGAUUUGGAUGAAACUGUUCCUCAGCACUUGGUGACAGGACACCAUAAAACUGCACCAGAAGUGGUUCCAGAAUCUGUUGAUGUUUUGUCCAACAGACCUCCUCACCCAACAAUGGCUGAUGACGUGGAAAGCAUCAGAAAGAACCAGGAGUCGGUCCCAGGUAAAUUCCGUCCACGAACAGCGAGCAGAUCGAUGUCAGUGCCUGACCGACCUCAGCCUCCUCAGCGGCCACCUCCUCCAACUAUGCAAAAAAUGAAGAAAUCUGCGUCUGAUAUUUUGCUACAUCCUGAGGAAGGUGGAUUUCAGGCCUGUACCUUCAGUGCAGCGCUGAAUCUCCCAACGGCAGUGCAGCUGUCUACAUCUCCAAGAACAGGUAUAAGCAAACCUUAUAACGUGAAACAAAUCAAAACAACAAGUGCAGAAGAAGCAGAACAGGCAAUAAAGCAUUUAAUGGAGAAUAAAUCAGGGGCUGAAUCUCAGGAAGGCACAUCAAUCCCUUUCCCACCACGUCAAGUUCCAGCGCACCUUACAACCUCUUCGCUUCCUCGAACCCUGCAGAAUCACUCGUCCAUUUCUUCAAAACCACCCAUUCUUUUGCCUGAAUUAGUAAUACAACUGAAAGAUCAUAUGCACUGUACUUCAGAAGCUGCAAGCAAUAAUGGAUCAGACUUGUGUACAAUGGCCACAUCACAUUCUGACCAUCUUGAAAAACCACCUUGCUUGAGUAUUUCAGAAAGGAUCAAACAGUUAUCCCCUCUGAUGAAACGCAAGGCCAAACACGACAAACUGUGUACCAGCACCAGAGCUUCACAUGAACUUGGCAAUAAUCAAGGCACAAAUGCAGAGGACACACCCGGUGGACCAAUUGCACCUCCACGAAGAAGAAAGACCACACCAACCUAUCCUCAGGACAACCACGGUACUCUCAUAAAAUCAAUGAACAAUAAUACGACAUCCAACCUUACAGAUGGGUCUGACUGUACUAAAGAGCAAUCUAAAGAGAGGAAUGUCCAUGUUUCAUUGAGCAAUCGCUGUAAGCUUCUGCAAGAUACUGACCCUUCCGAUUCCAGCUGCUUUCCACAAGACUCUCAUCUUCCAACCAAAGCUAGGAAUAAAAGCGAUCUUCGCGUAGACCAAACCUACUUCAACCAAUUUAGAAGUGAUCGAAAAUAGGCGACAGCGUUGCGAUUAAGACAAGAUCAAGAAGACUCUAAUGUUAGCUCAGGCAAGCAUGUUACUUCAAAGGAUUUGUAGCGAACCGUGACACAAGCGCCUCUACAUUAACCACAGCUUCACUCACUUACUUUAUCACAGUUUAGUUUAGUUUAGUUUAAAGAUACAACACGGAAACAGGCCCUUCGGCCCACCGAGU